GCAAACUGAGGCUUUUUUUCAUUUUCCUAAUAAUUUCCUCCUUUAUUGCAAAAUUUUUUUUCAUCCUCUCCGAUCACAUUCGCAAUGGAUUACGAUUUCAGGAACAGAACAGGUCCGCCGUACGAGGCGCAGAUCCCGAUUUACCGGCAACAACCCACUUCAUCGUCAUCUACCCAUCCGAUGUACGGAUCUUCAAUGUACCCGAGGAUCGGUGGUCAACCCGCCGCUCACAGUGUUGCCCCUCCCACCACUCGCGCCUCUUCUUUCCACCAGAAUUUUUCGCCUUCCUCUUCCUCGGGAUUGGGCAUUAGGGUUGCUUUGAAACCAAAAUAUCGUAUUACACCUCCGCCUCAGUUGUCUCCCCAAGUUGGGGAUAUUCCUCGAAGCAAUUUUCAGUUUGAUUUCGAGUUUGAGAGGAAAAUUUUGGCAGAAGCAGAAAAAGAAAACAUGAAUUGGAGUAAGCUUGGCUUGGAAAACCUUUCUUCCAAGCCUAUCGAAACUUCUUCUUCUUCAACGGGUGCAAACUCAGAUCCUGUGGUGAGCAAAUACAUUGCCUCUGGACUCAGCCGAGAAGCAGUGACCCUCGCGGUUGCAAAUUACGGCGACAAUCCAACCAAGGUUCGGGAAUUUGUCACCGGUUACAACCUACUGCGAGAAAUGGGGUUCUCAUCAAACAAUGUGGCUGAAGCCUUACUCAUGUAUGACAAUGACACAGACAAGGCAUUGGCUCAUUUCCUUAACAGCUCAUCAUGAGUAUGUUAAAAUAAACCAAAAUAGUUUGUAUGCCAAUGAAAACUGGAAUGAUAAUCUGCCAUCUGUGUUUCGCUGCUUUGAAACAGAUUGUACAAAUAGUCAUCCUACAAUAUUUGUCGUCUCUAAUAAAGUACAAACAUUACUAUUAUAA